GUUGAAAUGGGUCAGAAUAAACAAAUGUUUAAAAUAAUAGUAGUUUGUGCAACAAGAGUGGAUAUGAUCGACAUAUAGCACGAAGACGAAAUUUGAGCACGACGCCGUAGGCUAAUUCGCUUAUUCACCCUGUAUUUUUAAUGGGAUUACUUAUGUUGAUACUUGGUAUGGUUUAAUACAUUAUAAUAACUACCGUUUCUUAGAAGUUAAUCGCGAAUUCGCGGUCAGUCUUAAAUAUUCUUUUUCAGUAUAAACAGGUGACUCGAAAUAUUUGUUUGUAAUAAUAUUUAUUUGUGCGUAUAAGAAGGUAUGUGUGGACUUAUAUCAGAAUAUACAGUGUUACACAUAAAGUGCACAUCAUAUGAUUUUUUUUUUAAAUCUAUAGAUGAAUUUUGACUUUUGUUGCUUCAAAAAUUAUAACAAAUGAGAUGCAAACGUUCAAUCACGGGACUUUUGUAAAUGUUAUGAUUGACAUUUUUACUUUCCUGUCUGUAUACAGAUAAGGAAAGUAUAGGAAUCAUGAUUGUCAUUAGAUACAAAGGAAACCUAAAAUAUAAUAUUUUUAAAAUGUAUUUUUAGUUUGAAUAAGUAUAGUAUACCACUUUUAUAAGUAUUUAUAAGUAAAAUGUAACUGGAUAUUGCUAAGCAGCGGUCUUUCAGAAACAAUGGUGAAAAUUAAAAAAGAAAAAACAACAAAGAAGGUAUUCUGAAGAAUCUGUACCGAAAGCUUUACAUGAAAUAAAAAAUGGCGCGAAAAAGGAAACUGCUCUAAAAUAUAGAGUUCCUCGAGCUACUCUUCAAUUUAGACUUUCGAAAAACCGAAAAAGGACCAUGUCCAAUUCUGAUAAAAGAGGAAGAGCAAUCACUAGUUCAUCAUUAGAGACUGUUCUGAGGUAUAACUAAAACUGUGACUAGUCCAAAACUUAGAAGGUAAAUUUGAUAUUAAUGAAGAGGACAUUAAAUAUUUUGGACCAAAAUGAUCAAGAUAUUUUUAAAAAUUUUCAAGGUAAUGCAAGUAUUAUUUUUAAUUUAUUUAUUUUUAAUUAGUUUUCUUUCGGUUCGUAGGCCAUGAUUCCAAGAAUAAUGACAAUGAUAUGAAUCAAAAUUAUUUCAUGUUAGACAAUUUGGACCAAAAUACAGAGGAAAAUUUGGAAAAUAUUCCAGGUAUUUUAUUGUCAUUAUCUUAAUUGUACUUUCUGAGGAAUGUUACGUUUAUUUUAAAAAGUAUGAGUAGUAAGCAAACGGUGGAAUCUGGCCUUAAUAGUUGCGGGUCAGAAAUAAUAGAAGAAGUAAGAGCAUUAAAUUUAGAAGAUUUCCUUCCAAAAGCGAAAACGCCUGAAAGGAAAAACAAAAAUCAAAUAAAAAGAACGUCUUUCGUUAUCUCUUCUAGCGCUUACAAAAAAGAAAUGGAAGAAAAGAAGAAAAAGAAAGAAGCACUAGAACAUCAAAAAGAAGAAAACAGACAAAAGAGAUUAAAGCAGCAAUUGGAGAAACAAACUAAGCCUAAACAAACAAAAAAAAGUCAAGUAGAUGAAAAACAGUCUAAACAAGGAAAAAAAAAGUAAAACUGCCGACACUGAUUGUAUAGAUGCCCCUGCUGAAGCAAGUGAAACUGCCGAUACUGUUUGUGUAGAUGCCCCUGCUGAAACAAGUAAAACUGCUGACACUGAGCUUGUAGAUGCCCCUGCUGAAGCAACUAAAAUCGCAAAAAACCAUCCUAAUUCAGAAAAAUUUUGUAAAACCGAAACUACCGAUGAAGUAAAAAAUAAUGUCAUAAAAAGAACUGGUUUAUGUUUUUUAUGUGUGACAAAUAUAACUUUAAAUAAAAUUGGAAUAAAAUGCCAAGAAUGUAACAGAGUAUAUCAAUGGUCUGUUUGAAAAAACGUGGAAUAUUCAAGGAUUUUUAUAGAUGUGGUGUUUGUACCGUCAAACUAAGUUUGCGUUCGUAAAAUGUUUUUAUCAAUUGGAAAUGCUCUUUGUAAUGUUUUGAAAUGAGUAAAUUUAAAGAAACGUCCUUUUUGUAUUUUAUUUGAUUGAAAGGUUUAUAAACAUUAUAAAAAACGCCUAUAAAACAGCUACAAUCACC